UUCGCUCAGAUCGAGGGUUUGGUUCUUCGUUGAACGUCUUAUGUGCCUGUUAUUAUUUUCGUCUUGAUGAUGAGCUCUUUUUCACAUGUGGGAGUGAUGCACCGAUGUGCUGCGGGAAAAAAAACACAAAAAAAAAGGGAGAGAGAUUAAAAAUGAAAUGAUCGUUUUCUAAUUGGUGGGCAAAUUUUGCCUUUUGUUCACUUUACUGUGUUUUUGGGGCAAAUUAUCCUCCGCCGCCUCUUCCAGCCGGCGGCGCUGCCCUCCGCUGCUCUAAGCUCUUAUCUGCCGCUACCGUUUGGGUGGUAUACUCUCCUGCUCCUCUAUCGGGAUCCGCCACUUUCGCAGGUCGACGCAGUUACAGAGUGCGGAGACCUUACACUGCGUGAUGUUCGAAACCGGUCAGAUUGACUCGGACAGACCGACUUGCUGCCUUCCCGAUUUCGAUUCAACUCGGACCCCUUUUCAUCAAUAGACUGGCCUGAUCGACCAGGCCGUUUCUAAACCUAGCUCUAGUUUCCCUAUUCAUCUCGGUCCUCUCUCUCAGCACUCCUGGACUGGAGAUGGCUUGGAGAUUGCUCCGGGUACUCCAACGAACCUCCUUUUCCGUCCCCACAAUCUCUCUCGCAAACCCUAGUUGUUCUCCUCUUUACCCGCCGGCCGCCUCGUCGCCUUUUCUUCCGAAGCUUUGGAAGAGAUCUCACACCGACGCUGCGCCUCUGCCGUCUCCGACUCAGGAAACGAGAGCGGGGACUGAAAGCGGGGACAGCCGUGGUGCCAAGUCGACCUCUUUCCGCUCCUCUUUGAAUGAGGCCGAGGUCGCCAAGUUCGCCGCCAUUGCUGAAACCUGGUGGGACUCUCAAGGUCCAUUCCAGCCAUUACAUUUGAUGAAUCCAACUCGUAUAUCUUUCAUUCGCUCCACACUCUGCCGACAUUUUAGGAAAGAUCCAUUUUCUGCUAGGCCUUUUGAAGGGUUAAAAAUUGUUGAUGUUGGAUGUGGCGGAGGCAUUCUGUCAGAGCCUCUUGCAAGAAUGGGAGCAACUGUUACAGGCAUUGAUGCUGUGGAAAAGAAUAUCAAAAUUGCUCAGAUUCAUGCUGCAUCAGAUCCAUUGACAUCAUCCAUUGAAUACCGUUGCACAACAGCUGAGGAAUUAGUUAAAGAGAAUGAGAAGUUUGAUGCUGUGAUUUCUCUUGAGGUAAUUGAGCAUGUUGCAGAUCCCUCAGAUUUUUGUAAAUCUCUUGCAGCAUUGACAGUUCCUCUUGGUGCUACUGUUAUCUCUACCAUAAACCGUUCUAUGAGAUCGUAUGCUACUGCAAUUGUUGCUGCAGAGUACCUCCUUAAUUGGCUCCCAAGAGGCACUCAUCAAUGGUCCCGAUUUCUUACACCAGAGGAACUAGUCUUGAUCUUGGAAAGAGCAUCGAUCUCUGUACAAGAAAUGGCAGGUUUUUUCUACAACCCAUUGACGGGAGAUUGGAGUCUGUCCGAUGAUACUAGUGUAAACUUCAUUGCUUUUGGUACCAGGAGAAACGAGUGAAUCUUCUACAUCGAUGAUCACAACCAAUUCUUCCUCGAUCCAGCAAUUCUAGCCG